UUUGUGUAAAAUUCAAGCUUUUUUGCGUACAUUAAUUUUUAUUUGAUGAUGCAAGUUUAACAUGUUUCCGCGUGUUUUGAAAUGUCAUGGAGAGCCUCUUUGUGUAUGCCACGAUACUGCCUAACGUAUGGAAGAAGAUCCGUGUGGAAAUGCUGGGCGAUUUAGCUCCUACUUCGGAAGGCAACCGGUGCCUGAUCUUCGCCGUGGACACUUGCACGUACUGGACGGAAGCGCGUGCUCUCGCGAACAGUAGUCCGGAGGGGAUCGCUCGAUUCCUUCUGUCCUUGUACUUUCGCUUUGGUCGUUGCGAAAUCCGCGUGAGUAAGCAGACGUAUGCAUUAUGCCAGAAAGUGGCCGAAUGCCUGAGGGAACUUUUGGAGCGUGAUAUUCAGUCUGCCACGGAGAGUACGGUCCUUUUGAAGCAUUCGCAGCAUGGAAUGGAUCAGCUGUUCCUUCUACACGAUCGCGGCCCGGAUGCGGGAAUCACGACGGCGGGAAUCGCGCUGGAUAAGAACGGAUACAUGAUCGGCGGUUCGGAUGCUCAACUCUCUCCGUCGCAAACGCAGCUUUUGACCGAUGCUGACCCUCUCAAUCCAAUUCCACGGUACCCUUUGAUGAAGAACACCAGACGCUCCGUUUUGCACCGCUCGACAACGGCAGUGAGCCCCAUGAGUCUUGCGGCCGAUUUUCUUGCUCUCAUCUCUGCUAACUCCACCAACUGGGACGCCAGAUUAGAAUGCUUUCUGUAUAACCUGCGCACGGCGGUGUCGGUGUGUAACAGAGGCUACUCAGCCUAUCACCUCAUGUUUGGACGGAAUCCAGUUCCCGUGACUGGAAGGGAACUGAUCGUCCGGUCUUUAACGGGGAUUAAGGAAGUAUUCCGGCUGUUUGGAUCACAACGAAAAGCUCAAUAGGGCACAGGAGAACGAAAAUGAGGCAGAAAGCGAUGUGGAGACUUCUGAUGGCACGCAUCUCCUUUGUAAAGCAGGAUUCGGUAAUCGCCUGGUGUACAAGCUAUCAAGUUGUCCGGAUGCUGUUGCGGAAACCGAAGCGAUUAAUGCAUCAAUUAAUGAUGCGAGAAAUUUGGCGGAUAAUAUUACUGCCGAUAAGAAGACUGACUUGCCCAGACUCAGGAAAUUGUCAAACAGAAAAGGAGCAAAGAAGGGUGCCACAACGCCGACGGCCGGCUGGCUUAAGAGAUUGAAAUGCUCAGUACGCCGACUCAAAGUAAAACGUCCCGACAUUGUUAAACUGGGCGAAGAAUCUUCCAUCACGGAACCAGUUUGUCAGGAAGAAAUGAGUUUGCAUGCGGAUCAUUCUGCUGCUGCCAGUGGUGACUCGAGCAUCGAAUCUGCAUUAUUUGACGAAACUACUGAUUCGCUUUUGAAAGAAUCUCGUCCGCUGUGUGAAGGUGACUGGGGGAACUGUGAAUACAGAUAUGAACUGAAUAACGCAAGCACCGUUUUACCUCCAGAGCAAUCUCUCCCACCUGGCGUAUUUGAUUGGAGGAAUUCUGAUUGCACAUUGGAUAACGAAGGCAUCGUUUCUCAACUUUCGUCUACGGAAGAAUCUCUCCCGCCGAGCACAGAUGACUUUAGAGAUUGUGAAGGUGCAUCGACCAGCGGAAGCAUAGUUUCAAAUACGGACGGAUUUCUUUCGCCGGACGCAGAUCAUUCGAGUAUCUGCGACUCUAUUCCGAACAGCGAAGAUUCUGUCACACCAUCAAAAGAAUUUCUGUCACCGGCCAGAGUUGACUUGGAUAACUGUGAGUGUACGCAAAAUUCCGAACAAGUUUGUCCAGACCCAGAAGAACGUCCAUCGGCAGGCACGGCAGACUUCAGCAAUUGUGAAUCCACGCUGAGUAACGAAAGUCCGCCUGUCACACCAAGCGAGAAUUUUCGGAAAACCCUUGCUUUUGAUCCUGCCGGUAGCGACAAACAUUUGGAAAGUGAAAAAGAGGUUUCGCCAGGAUCUUCUCCCAGUAAGAGUACAGCACGUCUGAGCCCUGGCCAGAUUACCAGUACAUCGUCGAGCCCUGUCCCACCGGCUCCUGCUCGGUUAUCUCUGUUCACUCCACGGUCGGUGAGGAUGAAACUUGAGGUCCCCAUUGCAAAAAAAGGCGAUACUAAGGCUCUCUAUGAACAACCCACUAGAACUACUAUACGAACUGAAGUUGUUGGAUUCAGUAAGGAAACAGAAUACGACUGUCUGCUGCGAAAUGCCGGUCCGGGAGAACUGCUGAAUUUCUAUGUGGUAGAGGUUGAAAAGCGUUCACCGGCCUGUUAUGUGUGGAUUUCCAAAAAGCCUUUGGCCAAAUGCCCUAAGGAGAUUUCCAGAAUGAAUUAUGCCUUGAAAAGAUUUUAUUCUUGUAUCCCAUGGUCAGCCAGCACGACCGCGCGGAUAUUUAUUGGCCAGGCUGUCGCUGUACGUUUAAAACGCGAUGAAUGGGUGCGUGGAAGAGUUCUGUCAGUGGAAAAUACAGUUGUUGAGCUGAGCUUGGUGGAUAUGGGAGGCACGUACAGUGCGAAUCUCCGAGAAAUUCGUAUACUGGAUGAACAGUUUUUUACACCCAAGGGCCUCGUUUGGCGUGCGGAAAUUGCUGGCCUGGACCCAUUUCGUUAUGAUACUGAAACAGCGAAUCAUUUGUCAAGAAUGCUGAAAGAACGAAACUAUCUGGGAACGAUCGUUACUUUGAAACCAGUGCCGACAAUUCGCUUGUUCGACGAUACUUGCUAUCGGAGGCCUGUCGAAAUCUCUGCAGUACUAUUCCAGACGCUCCAUUUGCCAGAAACGGAGGAAAUCCGCUUGGGAGUCGUUAUUCACAUUUGUUCUAAUUCAUCCGUUAACCAUCUGCUUCUUGUCGACGUCCGGCAUCUGACUGAAUUAGAAAAAAUCCAACGAGCCGUGGAAAGCGCUGGAAAAGCCAAGAUUCCCCUAGACAAGGAUAGCUCCGAUUCAGUUGUUGCGGUGGAACGAAAUGGUGUCAUGUGUCGAGGCAUGAUCCUCAACAGAAUCAAGGAAGACCGAGCCUUGGUGGAGCUUUUUGAUUUUGGCCAUCGCUUUGUUACCCGGCUUAACAACCUGUACCGGUUACCCGGAAAUGUGAGGGACUUGCCAUCCGUCACGUUGUGGUGUGUUGUUAGCGGUGUCAGUGACAUCAGCAACCAUUCGCGGUUGCGGUGCAUCCUGAAAGGACUGGUCCAGAAAACAGUAUUAUUUGAACCACUCUAUUACUUAGCUCCACAACAAGCCGUGGUAAAAUUAUGGGAUGAUAAAAUGCAGCCACUGGCUGAUCAGCUGCCAGCGGACGACAAUAUUUUAAUGGACCUGAGAGUAGAGGAUGUUGAUUGGCCCUUGGAGUAUCACGAGCACCAAAUGCUACAUGCAGAGGUCACCAAUACGUUUGACAACGCGCAUGAUGGUCGAACAAUUUUAGGAGCUUUCCUGGGAAGCUACAAUUCCUUUGGAGUUGAACCAGAGGAGGCAGAGGAAUCGGAGGAGCGCGAGGAAUCAUCUGCGGAAGUGGACUGUAGUGACGCCGUAGAUAGUGAUGAAUUUAUGAGUGAAAUACAGUGCGAGUGCAAAUUACCAUCAUCCCGGUUGAAAUCAACCCUGUUGACAAACUAUAUUGAAUGCCCUGAAAAGAACACACUCGUUUGUGCAUUAUCCAAAGAGAUGAACAAAUGGUGCCGUGCCAUUAUAUACGAGAAGAAAGGCGCUAUGGAUGAUCCAACCGUGUACUUGAUUGACCUCGGCCAAUGGGAAGUCCUUCCGCUUGAAAAUCUGCGCCCCAUGAGACCAGAAUGGAUGAAGAUGCCAUGGCGAAGCAGUAUGCUCCAUGUUAAUGAAUUUGUCAUGGCAUCGUUGUCAGAAGGGAAAUGGUUGAUCAGUAAAACAUUUCCCCUCGAGCAAAUCCAGAAGUCGAAAGAAUAUCGUUUUGUAAUAACGAAAACAGAGGCUCCAUUCUUUCAUGGUAUAUUAAUCAUGGAAGAUGUCAUUGAUUUAAAUGAUUCUGGAAAGCAGUAAUCGGUAUUUUAGAAACCGGCUGAAAAUCUAUGGUGCAGUCUUUUGUUGUUGUUCUUUUGUUUGGUAUCGAUUGCAUUGUUCUUUUGUUUUGUA